CCGUCUGUCAGCCUCAGAGCCAGGUCUGGCUGUGCCGAGAUGGGGCUGGCCCAGCCAGCACUGUGGCUGAAGAGGCUCUGGGUACUCUUGCAGGUGGUCCUGCAUGUGGCCUUGGGCAAAGUACAACUAAAACUGUUUCCCAAGAGAGUCAAGCAGCGUAUCUUGGCCAUGAACCAGAAGAACCCACACUUCUCCUAUGAAAACUGGGUUCCAACCCUCUUUGGCAUCCAGUAUUUCUGGUUUCUCCUGAAGGUUCGUUGGCAACGAUUGGAGGACAAGACUGAGGAAGGGGGUCUAGCCCCAAACUGCCCUGUGGUUCGCCUCUCAGGACAGACGUGUAACAUUUGGGACUUCAUGCAAGGCAACAGGCCACUGGUGCUGAAUUUUGGAAGUUGUACCUGACCUUCAUUUCUUUUCAAAUUUGACCAAUUCAAGAGACUUAUUGAAGACUUUAGUUUCAUAGCAGAUUUUCUCGUCAUUUACAUUGAAGAAGCACACGCAUCAGAUGGCUGGGCUUUUAAGAACAACGUGGUCAUCAGGAAUCACCAGAACCUCCAGGACCGCCUCCAGGCAGCUCACCUGCUGCUGGAGAGGAGCCCCCAGUGCCCCGUGGUGGUGGACACAAUGAAGAACCAGAGCAGCCAGCUCUACGCGGCACUGCCCGAUAGGCUCUACGUGCUCCAGGAGGGCAGGAUCCUCUACAAGGGUAAACCUGGCCCUUGGAACUAUCAUCCCGAGGAGGUUCGUGCUGUUCUGGAAAAUCUCCACAGCUAAUCUGGACAGAUCCCCCAGUUCCAAGUGACCAAGAGGAGGGCUCCUCAAGGCUUGGCUCUCCCCGCAACCCAGCUGGCUUUCACCUCUUGACCUGUGUCCCUAGUUGAAUUCCUAGCUCAAAUUUUUCAAUUUUAUAAUCAGAAAAUGAAGCAGCCAGAGAGUCGAGUGUUAAGGAAUGUACAGGUCCACAUGGCCUCCACUGUAGAGGCCACUUUCAGUGCACAAUGUCUCAGAGUGUGAUGGCACCGGCGCUCCGUGGGCGUAGGGCUUCUGACGGGUGGUCUCUCUGCAGCUGCCCUGAUACUGAGGGGUUAGAUAUGGCAUCCCUUACACUAGGAAUAGGCACUUUACCAAGUUGGUCAUCUGUGGCAUUGGUACUUAAUACACUGAACUGGUUUUUAGAGCCAAGCAUGGGGAGAACUCCAGGUGUUUAGAGAGAGAUGAGGAAUUGGUGAAGGAGGGAGUAGGGAUGAGAGGAGAGAGUCAAGAUGGUAAUACUUUCCCUGCCAAAAGACUGAAAAACCAGUCAGUGGUGGUGGUGGUGGCCGGGAGGGGUGAGUUUCCAUGGUAACGCAUCUCUAAUUCUACCAUAGAAGGGGAGAAUUUACAAUUCACUUUACAAUUGUUGAAUAUAUUUCAAAGAAAUUUGGCUCUGAAACUUUUUACUAUCUUAUCAAUAGAGUUACUAGGGGGCAGGGGAGGACUGACUUCCCAAAAACAAUGAUAACCUUGACCAAACUGGACACCAGGCACCCGCAAAGUGCAUUCGGUUAUCCAGAAACUCAUCCCUGAAGUUCUGUUUCUCAGAUUUCUUUUUUGCAAGUCUCCUAAUGGUAAUUGUGUUAAACUAUGUCAGACUAAUGAAUAACCAUUGGUAUUCAUCUGUUUUAACUCUGCUUCUUCUCAUAUUUGUUUAUGACGGCCACAGCCUAAAGUACACACAGCUGUGACCUGAUUUGAAAACAAAAUAUUUUAAGAUGCAGCAAGCUAAUACAGAAUGAUUAAAAUAUAUCAGCUCA